GCGGGCAGGGGGCCGGCGAGCGCCCAGCUCCAUAAGGUGCGCGGGCUGCUACAGGGUCCGUCUGCUCCGGACACAUUUCCCCCGGCUCAGCGCCAGCGCCAGGAAACAGAAUACUACCCUGCCAUCCCCUUGCGAGUGGGACUGGGUGCACAGCUAUACCUCAAGCCCGAAACACUUGACCGGAAAUAGACAGAGUGUGUCGAAAAGCAGCAUUCCUCACCAGGCCCCAGGCAUGGAAGAGCUGAUAUGGGAACAGUACACUGUGACCUUACAAAAGGAUUCAAAAAGAGGGUUUGGGAUUGCAGUUUCCGGUGGCAGAGACAACCCUCAUUUUGAAAAUGGCGAAACGUCCAUAGUUAUCUCAGAUGUCCUCCCAGGUGGCCCAGCAGAUGGAUUACUUCAAGAAAAUGACCGGGUGGUCAUGGUUAAUGGGACCCCAAUGGAAAAUGUUCCCCAUUCUUUUGCAGUGCAGCAGUUAAGAAAAAGUGGGAAAGUGGCUGCCAUUGUAGUGAAAAGACCACGGAAAGUGCAGCUCACCGCUCUAAGGAGAAGCCCCUCUCUUGACCAUGAUGAUAGAGCUUUCGAUGUACUGGAUGACCCAGCAGAGUUCGAUGGCAGGAGUGCUCGAAGUGGCUAUAGUGAUCGGAGCUGGCAUAGUGGCCAUGGAGGUCGCAGUCAAAGCUGGGGAAACAGCCCUGAUAGGAGCUACCGAAGAGAUCAAGAUAGAGGGCGCAACUACAGCAGAGACCACAGCAGGGAACGCAGCUACAGCCGGGAUGGAAGUCGUGGCAGGAGCAUCGACAGGGAGAGAAGCUUGGACCGAGAACGCAGAAGAGACCGGAGCCGGGGCAGGAGCAUCGACAGGGAGAGAAGCUUGGACCGAGAACGCAGAAGAGACCGGAGCAGGGGCAGGAGCAUCGACAGGGAUGAUGGCUAUGAACGUGCCGCUGGUGACUACAGCCCACCCAGGGAUUACAGUCACAGACAUCAGCCUGACCCUAGAUACGACAAGGAAGCAAGGAGUCAUAGUCGAGACAGACUGAAUUCCCACAGCCCCUUGCUUGAACCACGACGCCAGCAUGAGUACCCAGGACAACAGGAUAGACCUAUCGGUGUUCUCCUAACAAAAAGCAAACCGAAUGAAGAGUAUGGUCUCCGACUUGGAAGUCAGAUUUUCAUAAAAGAAAUGACCAGUACUGGCCUGGCAACUAAAGAUGGUAAUCUGUAUGAAGGAGACAUAAUACUCAAGAUUAAUGGUACAGUGACAGAGAAUAUGUCGCUAGCUGAUGCCCGAAAAUUGAUUGAGAAAUCACGAGGAAAACUCCAGUUGGUAGUCCUCAGGGACAGAAAACAGACACUGCUCAACAUCCCUUCAUUGCAUGACAGUGACUCAGAAAUAGAAGAUAUUUCUGAAAUUGAGUCAAACCGAUCAAGCUCCCCUCAAGAUGACCAAAAAUUACAUCACUCUGAUUUCGACUCUCAUUCCUCCAAUGAAAAACUAAAGGAAAAGCCAAAUACAAAAGAGGAUCCACCCAACAGGUUGUCCAGGAUGGGAGCGAUGCCCACACCUUUUAAAUCAACCAGUGAUAUAGCUGCUGCUGUCAUCGUCACCGAGACAAACAAAGAACCAAAGUACAAAGAUGACCCGCCAGUAUUUCAACCAAAAGUAGCCCCAAGAACCUUUCUUCGGCCUAGUCCUGAAGAUGAAGCAAUAUACGGUCCUAAUACAAAGAUGGUAAAAUUCAAGAAAGGAGACAGUGUGGGUCUGCGGCUGGCAGGUGGGAAUGAUGUAGGGAUAUUUGUCGCUGGAAUUCAAGAAGGCACCUCAGCUGACCAGGAGGGGCUACAGGAAGGAGAUCAGAUUCUUAAGGUAAACACGCAGGAUUUUAGAGGCAUUGUGCGGGAGGAUGCUGUUCUCUACCUGUUAGAAAUUCCCAAAGGUGAAACUGUGACCAUUUUGGCUCAGAGCAAAUAUGAAGUGUAUAGAGACAUAAUGGCCUGUGGCAGAGGGGAUUCAUUUUUCAUAAGGAGUCACUUUGAAUGCGAGAAGGAAUCUCCACAGAGUUUAGCAUUCACCAGAGGGGAGAUCUUCCGAGUAGUUGAUACACUGUACGAUGGCAAACUGGGUAACUGGCUGGCUGUGAGAAUUGGAAAUGAACUGGAAAAGGGCAUCAUUCCAAAUAAAAGCAGAGCUGACCAGAUGGCCAGUGUUCAGAAUGCCCAAAGAGAUGGCUCGAGUGACAGGGCAGAUUUCUGGAGAACGCGUGGCCAACGAUCUGGAAUGAAAAAGAAUCUGAGAAAGAGUCGUGAAGAUCUGACAGCGAUUGCAUCUGUUAGCACAAAGUUCCCAGCCUACGAGCGAGUUCUGCUGCGAGAGGCUGGUUUUAAGAGACCUGUGGUGAUAUUUGGCCCCAUUGCAGAUCUAGCGAUGGAAAAGCUGUCAAAUGACUUGCCUGAUCUGUAUCAAACUGCCAAGACAGAACCCAAAGAUGCAGGUUCAGAGAAAUCAACUGGUGUGGUGCGUUUGAACACUGUGAGGCAAAUUAUUGAGCAGAAUAAACAUGCUUUGUUGGAUGUGACUCCUAAAGCGGUGGAUCUGUUGAACUAUACCCAGUGGUUCCCAAUUGUAGUCUUCUUCAACCCAGACAGUAAACAGGGUGUGAAAACUAUGAGACAAAGGCUAAGUCCCACAUCUAACAAGAGUUCCCGGAAGCUUUACGAUCAAGCAAAUAAGCUGAAGAAGACUUGCUCCUAUCUUUUUACAGCUACCAUCAAUUUGAAUUCAGCCAAUGAUAGCUGGUACGGCAGCCUCAAAGAUAUAAUUCAGCAACAGCAAGUUGAAGCAGUAUGGGUGUCGGAAGGAAAGAUGGAAGGAAUGGAUGACGACAUGGAAGAUCGCAUGUCAUACCUAACAGCUAUGGGUGCUGACUACCUGAGCUGUGACAGCCGCUUGAUCAGUGACUUGGAAGACACAGAUGGAGAAGGAGGUGCAUACACGGACAAUGAGCUUGAUGAGCCAUCAGAUGAACCAAGUGUUUCCUCUAUUAGUCGAUCUUCUGAGCCUGUGCAGCAUGAGGAGAGUAUAAGAAAACCCAGCCCAGAACCAAAAGCUCAAAUGAGAAGGGCUGGUAGCAGAGAGAUACUUAGAGAUCCCAGCCCACCUCCAGCAUUCAAGCCCGAGCCACCGAAGGGUAAACUACAAAACAAAGAGGAUGUAUAUGACUUUCCCAAGAACUAUGACUCCAAACCAAAUAGCUCUAGCACUGUCAGCAAUGAGACUUCAGCUGUAGUAUCCAAGGCAGCAGCACCUCCUGUUUCUGUGAAACCUGCCUUUGGGCGUCCUAUACUGAAGACAUCUCAGCCAGCAGUUUCAGCCGCAGAGGAGGAGGAAAAGGCAGAGGAAGAUGUAGAUGGACGAGAGAGUGCUCCAAAAUCUGUACUGGGGAAAGUUAAAAUAUUUGAGAAGAUGGAUCACAAGGCAAGGUUGCAAAGAAUACAGGAGCUACAAGAGGCACAGAAUGCCAGGCUGGAAAUAGCCCAGAAACACCCAGAUAUCUAUGCUGUCCCAAUCAAAACACAGAAGCCAGACCAGAACUGGCCCCAACCCAUGAGUUCCAGACCUCCAGAGCCUCAGAAACCCCCUGCCAGGCCUUACCUAGAAAAUCGAGGAAGUUAUGGCAGUGACGCAGAGGAGGAAGACUACCGUCGGCAGCUAUCAGACAACUCCAAGCGCGGAUAUUACGGACAGCCAUCCAGAUAUAGGGACACAGAAUUAUAGACUCACUAGCAUAUGCAUCCAUAAUGCUCUUUUGAGACUCUUUUCCUUCAACAGCCAAAAUGGAGUUCUGGUUAGUUUAUAAAGUUAUAUUUUUGUUGGAGGUCAUAGGGUGGUCUACGUGAACUUGGACAUAUCCACACACUGGAACUGGAGGACUUACUUUUUGAGACUAUUUGUUUUGAGUAUCUAAGAAAAGAAAUCACUUUUGCCUGAAUGUUGUUGCCUGUUUUAUAAGGACCAAUACCCAUUUGAAAGCUUGUAUUAAUUCUUGGUAUUUUCAUAGUUUAACGUUCGUUAAAAAACUUUAAACUUUUUUCUCUUACUUAAAACUGCUUUUUUAGACUGUUCCGCUGUUAUGAAAAUGUGAUCAAAGACAUAACACUUUUUAAUGCAAGAGAACUAAAUUCAAAAAAGAACUAUAAGUGCCUUUAACAAGAAGUGUCUUAAAUUGUUCAUAUUGAUAUCUGAUACUUGUUCAAAGCCAUAAUUUACUAAAGGGUGUUUUACUCUGUUGCCUAACUUUUGUAUCCGUUUCAUGGCUAUAAUUUCCCCGACAUGUUAUUUUUCUAAGCUAAUAGAUCGGUAUACUGCUUUUCAUAAAUAUUGACUGUACAGGGGAAAGGUGUGUACCAGACUAGCUGGUAUGAGGCCAGGAAGGGUUGAAAUUGAGAAAAUGAUGUAGAAAUUCAAUUAAUUAUGUCUUUAAAUUGAUAUGGACCACAAAAUAAUAAAUGGAUAUAUUCUAGACAGA